CAGCCCAGCGGAAAGAUGGACAAGGAAGCGUGUGAUCUGAACCUGCUGGAGGUGAGCGCCUUUGGGGAAGACGGUGAGGGUGACGACCUUGACCUGUGGAUUGUGCGCUGCUCGGGGAAGCACUGGGAGCGGGAGGCCGCCGUGCGCUUCCAGCACGUGGGCACCUCUGUGUUCCUGUCCGUCACCGGCGAGCAGUACGGGAGCCCCAUCCGUGGGCAGCAUGAGGUGCACGGCAUGCCCAGCGCCAACACACACAAUACGUGGAAGGCCAUGGAAGGCAUCUUCAUCAAGCCCAGCGUGGAUCCCUCUGCAGGUCAUGAUGAACUCUGAGUGCCGUGGAUGGGUGGAAGGAGGGUGGCAGGGUUGAGGUGUCUGUAGGGCCACCCUUGGUGAAGACUUUGGGUUUGUAGGGGUUCUUAAGUGCCUUUGUUAAUUAAAGAAUGUUGGUCUGUGA